GGAGCGCCCGGCUACCUUCUUAAAAAACAAAACAAACAUUUGCCAACACCAUUUCGAAUCAUCACACUCUUUCUCUUUCUUCGCUAAACUGUGGAAACCUAGUACUUCCGCCACACUCAAGAUGGCUACAUCCGAUUAGACUUUUCAAUACCACGCGUUGGAGGAGGCCCCGCCCCCGGCCGGAGCGGCUUCCGACACUCCGCAUUGACACGGCCCGCAGCACCCAAGAUGGCCCAGCUUCCUCUUACUUUUCAUUGGCUGGAUCCUUAUAGUUUUCGGUCUUCACGGGGCGGGACUUCAGUAGGGGGCGGGACUUAGCUUUGAUCGACAGACAUUUGGAUGAAUGGACGCAGGGCAGGGGCCAAUGAAGCGCUGGAACUGGAGAACCUCCCAGUGUUUGGGAGGGUGUGUUGGCCGGGGUGGAGCCGAGCCGGAAGCGGGAGGGGAGAGCGAAACAGGAAAAGAAGGGAAGAAGGAAGAGGAGGAAAGAGGUGGAGAGGGAGGAGGAGGAGGGUGGUGGCGGCGCCGUGGCGGAGGAGCAGGAGCCGGAGGGGGAUGGAGAGGAGAAGGCUCCUGGGUGGCAUGGCGCUCCUGCUCCUCCAGGCGCUGCCCAGCCCCCUGUCAGCCAGGGCUGAACCCCCGCAGAAAUCAGUAAAGUAAAAGAUUCAGAGACCAUUUUGGCCCAGGACCUACUUCAGGUACGCACUGUCCUUAUUUCAACAAGUGACUUCCAGCUAACUCUGAAUUGAGGAGGACUCUCCACAUUUACUCCUUGUUGAAAUGGAUAAGGAAACCUGUGUGGGUACCAACAAUCAGAGCUACAUCUGUGACACAGGACACUGCUGUGGACAGUCUCAGUGCUGCAACUACUACUAUGAACUCUGGUGGUUCUGGCUGGUGUGGACCAUCAUCAUCAUCCUGAGCUGCUGCUGUGUCUGCCACCACCGCCGAGCCAAGCACCGCCUUCAGGCCCAGCAGCGGCAACAUGAAAUCAACCUGAUUGCCUACCGGGAAGCCCACAAUUACUCAGCGCUGCCAUUUUAUUUCAGGUUUUUGCCAAACUAUUUACUACCUCCUUAUGAGGAAGUGGUGAACCGACCUCCAACUCCUCCCCCACCAUACAGUGCCUUCCAACUACAGCAGCAGCAGCUGUCUGCACAGUGUGGCCCUGCAGGCGGCAGCCCCCCAGGUGCUGAUCCCGCCAGGGGCUCCCAGGGGGCCCAGAGCAGCCCCUUGUCAGGGUCCAGCCGAAGCAGCACAAGACCCCCGAGCAUCAUCGCUGACCCUGAGCCCUCCACCAUCGACAUGCCAGACAACCCAGCAGCCACCAAAGCCCCUGGAGUGGAGCCCAGCGGCUCUGUGGCUGACUUGGGGGAGCUGGCCCCUGGGGCCUUCCUGGACAAGGAUUCCGAAUGUAAGGAGGAGCUGCUGAAAGAUUACAGCUGCGAGCAGGGCAGCGCCCUCCCCGACAGCAAGGACAAGACGCCUGGCAGACAUCGCCGCUUCACGGGUGACUCGGGCAUUGAGGUGUGUGUGUGCAACCGGGGCCACCACGACGACAACCUCAAAGAGUUCAGCACACUUAUUGACGACGCUCUGGAUGGACCCCUGGAAUUCUGCGACAGCUGCCACGUGCGGCCCCCUGGUGACGAGGAGGAAGGGCUAUGCCAGCCCUCCGAGGAGCAGGCCCGAGAUCUUGGGCAUCCCCACCUGCCCCGGCCACCGGCGUGCCUGCUGCUGAACACCAUCAAUGAGCAGGACUCCCCAAACUCCCAGAGCAGCAGCUCCCCCAGCUAGAGCAGGCCCUGCCUGUAUCUGAGAACUUGGCAAAGCAACCAGGGCAGGGGAGAACCACGAGAGAAGCAUUAAGUGACUUUCCAAGAAAGUGGUACAGCCACUUGGUCUUUUUUUUUCUUUUUUCCUCCUUUGUUUCUGCAUUUUCCUACAUCUCCAGGUACAGUUUGGGGUGUGGAUGCCCCGCCCCCCAUAGAAGCACAGUAUUGUGGAGGGCUGAGAAGUUGGUUCUGUGACUCAUUCCUCAUUCCCCACCCAUCUCCCUUUUUUCCUUUUCAAGUCGUAUUUCACUACCUGCCUGGUUGGAGGUACUGUGUGUUUAAGAAGUCCCCAAGGAAGGAAGCUGAGACUGUGCCCUGAGGUGACUUAGUGAUGGAAUGGAUUUUUGCUCUGGUAUUAGUGUAAGAGAACCUUGCUGUGUCAGUUGGGAGAGGCAGCAGGUCUCAGCCCUGGGUGGAGGAGACCCAGGGGUUGUCAUCCCUUGAUGCCAGUGUCUGCAGAGCCGGACUUGGGCCAAUCCUGUGGGAGGAUGAGGGCUGGUGGGCAGCUGUGUGGUAGGUAGGUAAGGGUUUGUUGCAUUCCCAAAUUCCAGGUGACGAGAUCAAUGCAUCACUACAUCCUUGAGGGGCCCUGCCCAGCACGUUCUGGCUGGCCGCAGACUGGUGCAGGUGGAGAAGAUUAUACUGCCUUCUCUUUGUUUUUCAUUUUUUUUAAAUAGAAAAAGAACAAAAGCGAGCUGAAAACAAGAGCUUUACCAGUGGGCAGGCAAGAAUUCUGUUCUGGAAAAGGGAAGUUUGCGGCUCUUCACUUCGGCCUUCAAAGAGCCAGAGGAGAUGCUUUGUGUAGCGGCAUGGGUGAAGGCUAUCUCUGGACCUUCUAUGGGUGCACAGGAAGCCCUGAGCUAUAGUGGUGGAUAGAGGUGCAGCUUUCUGCCUCUCUGCCCUUUGGUCUCUGCCCACAGGUGACCAGGGCCCUCCCCCAACCCAAGCACACAGGCUGUGGACCUGUCUCACUGUUCUCUGAACAAAUGAGGCUGUGGUGCUGAGCAAGGGCAGCCCCAGAGGCCGGUUCUCACACAGUAUUUUCUCUUGAUUCUGAAUAAGUUUGUUGUUGUUUUAACUAACCACUUGGGGGGAAAUUGCCUUGGUUAUCUGUGGUUUUCAUGCCCCCCUCCCCUUGUGAGUCGGGUAACUAAUCGUAGCCAAUGUAAAGAGUCUGAGUGGCCCCGGGAGGGGGUGGAGGAGCUGGAGAAGCCAUCCAGAAGGACCACAGGAUCCUUGUUACUGCAGUUCGGCCUCAGAUAACCAGUGGAGCUUUGAUGGGAAUAAUCUGAAUGGAGAAAGCAUGCAGCCGAAACUAACAUUCCCUGCCCUGCCCUGUUCAUUUGAAGAGUCUGGUUCUUCCCCCACUCUUGAACGAUGACAUUUAGACUAGGCAUUGACCUUAUGAUAAGAAAGGGAAAAGUAUAGACAUAUACAAAAAUAGACAAAUCCAAGGCUGUGAGGUGAAUGAGUGUCUGCGUUUGAAGUCCACGAAACCAAAAUCUAUGUUGAACAAAGUGAAGUCCGGAUACAAUGACUUUUUGGAUAACCUGUGUGUGUGUGUGUUCGUUGUGUGUGAGCCCCCAGCCCUGUUUUCCUGUGAAUAUACUUUGACUGGCAGCCAUUCUGUUCCCAUUUACCACAUGUUUGGAGCAGAUAUGGCCCUCUCAAGGUAAUUUAUUUUACGCAUUUACUGUUUACUGAACAAUUGUCUGACUGUGUACUUGGGUGUAUUCAGCAGCAUUGUCGACGGCAGUCCCGUGUUUGCCAGAGAUACUGUCCUCAAAGUAGAGGUUUUCCUCUACCCAUCACUGCAAUUUGCACAUUGCUCCGUGGACAUGCGGAGGCCUGUGUUCUGUUCCCUGUAAAUGGAAACAUGCUCUGAACCUGUCUGCCUCCCUCGGCUGCUCCUGGCCCUCGGUAUCAGCCCCCUGGGGGGUGUUCACAACCACUCGGCACAGAAGGUGAAGGUGGAACUCCAGACCGAAGGCUUAAUUGGAUCUUCAGGGACAAGCUUGGACUAGCUGUGGCCCAGACGUCAGCCCUGCCCAGAAUUGCCAGGAGGUUUGGCAGACACCACAGGGCUUACCUCCCUCUGCUGAGGUCCAGCUCAUGCCAGCAAGCCUGUGCGUAGCGAGAGUGGGCGGGAGUGCGUCAGCAGCCCUCAGAUGCCUUUCCUUCCACCAUUAAAAAAAAAAAAAAUCCCGAACAACUCACUGAAGUGUCUCCAAGGACAUCAAGUUUUACCAAAAUGAGUCCGCCUUCAGUUCACUGAUCAAAUGGAUAAAUUCUGGCCCUCUCAUGUUUCCUUCCCCAUUAGAGUGGGGAACUGGUCUGAGUGUUAAGGUUCACUGCAGCGUCCCACCCUAAAGGCAGGAGUCGGGGUAAUGGAACCCGGGAGCGGGGCUUGAUUCCAGCAGUCACAGCCUGCCCCUGCUCCAGGAGGCUGCCCUGCAUGCAAAGGGAGGUGAAAACGGGGAGUUGAAGGACUAGUUAGGGGCCGGGGAGAUUUGGUGGUCUGGUUUUCCAGGUGAAUGAGAAGGAAGGGGUUGGUCGAGGGUUUGGUGCUACAGUCAGAAGAUUUGCAAAUGCUAACACAUUCCUGUGUGCGGCACAUCACCAUUUGUCAGUUAUGUGAAUUUGUGUAUUUUAAGCAAUAAGAUUCAGCUGGUCAGACCUUUCUGGGCAGUCUCGGUGACGCAUUUCCUGUGCUGUGAUUGUUCUGAAGACAGAGUGGCUCUAACCACUGUGAGAAGCCCAAAUAAAAUCAGUCCCAAAAAUCCCAA